AUGGACAUGAGCUUGGGCAAGCUCUGGGAGAUGGUGAAGGACAGUGGGUCGCAAGAGUUGGACACAACUGAGCGACUGGACAACAGCAAGUCGUGCUGUCACGCUGCUCUCCAGGAACGUGGCCCACCUGGAGGAUGCCCUGAAGUCAGGGAUGCUCCUACUAUCAAAUACACCCUCAGUGCUACAAUGCCCAGUGAGACUACUGCUGCUUGCUGCUCUGAGGCUCAUUUCUGUGGUUGCGGGAAAGCCCGGCGUUCCCCCACAUGUUAUGUUUCAGGCGGUGAGGUGGCUCCCUCACCUACUUAG